AUGGCCUUCCCCGCCACCACUGUCGUGAUUGUACUCCAAUUCCUGAUAUGCUUGGUCCUAUACAUCGUGAUAUACCGUCUUCUUUUUCAUCCUCUGGCCUCAGUACCUGGACCUUGGCUGGCGGCUCUCACAAGCCUCUACCAUUUUUACUACAGUGUAAUUCGAAGAGGAGACGUGGUCAACCACCUCAAGUUCCUGCACAAGAAAUACGGUACUGCGGUCCAUUUUUCCAGCACAGAUGCAUACUUUGAUAUCUACCACUCCAGAGACACACAUAAGGAUCCGGACUUCUACGAUGCCUUCUUUGUUCCUGGUGGGACUUUUGCUACGUUGGAUCAAGCAGAAGCCAGGAAACAUAGGAAGCCAAUUCUACAAAUGUUUUCCCGCAAGGAGACGCUCAAUAAAGAGGAGAUUCUCAUCACUCAGGCUGAGAGGCUUUGCAAACUGCUGCAUGCGUCAGCAUCGCAAGAGAAGUUGAUCGAUAUAUACAUGGCGCUUCGGUGCUUUACAAUGGAUUUCACAACACAAUAUGUAUUCGGAUUCACCUUUGACUCGUUGGGAAGUGCAGGUUUUCAAUGUCUCACCCUCAAAGCCUUAGAUGUUUUCCUCGCAGGUUUCUGGCUGCAGGGUCACUGGAGCUUGUUGCGAAGCUUGACCAACUACUUCAGCCCCUGGAGCCUGCAGAUUCUCUAUCCACAAUGUCGGGUGCUGUUCGAUCGGGUGGAGGCUCUACAAGGUUGUCUUGAUAAGAUUUUGGCUGAUGAUCCUAGCAAAGGCGGCCAAGGAAACCCUAUUCCAUUGUUUACAGCACUAACCACUGUUGAGAGAGAUCGUCGUGUCCCGUCGCUGAAUUACCUUGCCGUCAUGUCGGACACCUUCACUAUGAUUUUUGCUGCCGCCUAUGCGGUCGGAACGACGCUCACCGUUGCCACCUAUUAUACCAUGCACGAUAAGCAGCUUCUGGCCAAACUACAAGAAGAGUUGGCCGACUCCUGGCCAGACCACACUCAGGAAUGUCCAUCUUGGUCUGUACUGGAAAAGUUACCGUACUUUACCGCCGUGAUCAAGGAAACACUCCGCAUAACAGGGGGCGUGGUCUCACCGUAG